AAGUCACACUGAUGUGCCGCGGCACAGCGGUUGGGAAUCACUGGUGUCUGGUACGACUCUUUUUCCCAUGAUUGCGUGGGUCCACUCUGGGUACUCAACAACAUGCUUAGGUAAAAAGGCUGUAAAUGUGCAACAAGAUGUGAUUUUCUUCACUGACGCCACCACCCAUCCCCACUCCCCAUGCCAUACUCCCAUCAGCCAAUCGUGAACAAGGAAAGACCCUCCCAUGUUCAGAUAAAUAGCACCAAACCCCAGGGACGGUCUAUCUGCCUGACUCUCUGACCCUCAGUUGAGUCUUUGAGCCUCCUCUCACCCCACCUCGCUGCUACCAGAAUCCUCGGUGACCAUGUCUAUCAGAGCUGUGAAGACCACCACCUUCUCCACUGUGUCCUCAUCCAGGGGCCCAGGCCAGGGCUUCAGUAGCCGCUCCUUCUCUGGCUACGGUGGCCGAGGUGUGGGUGGUGCCAGGCAGAGCUACGCUGUCCGCAGCUCUUAUGGUGGAGUGGGCAGCAGUGGUGCUGGGGUUGGCGCUGGGGGGUUCAAGGUAGUUGGUGGGUAUGUUGCUGGGGGGUCAACCCAAAGAGCAGGUGGAUUGGAGUACGGCUAUGUGGGCUUUGGCGGAGGCAUGGGUGGCGGCAUGGCCCAAGAAGUGGUGGCUCCCAUCACUACAGUGACUGUGAACAAGAGCCUGCUGGCCCCCUUGAACCUGGACUUUGACCCCUCCAUCCAGGCGGUCCGCAUCCAGGAGAAGGAGCAGAUCAAGACCCUGAACGACCGUUUCGCUUCUUUCAUCGACAAGGUACGCUUCCUGGAACAGCAGAACAAAAUGCUCGAGACGAAAUGGAAAGUUUUACAAGAGCAAACCACAUCACCCUCCGGCAUCGAUGCCAUGUUUGAAGCCUACACGGCCAACCUACGCAAGCAGCUGGACAACCUCGGUCAUGAAAAAGUGAAACUGGAGUCUGACCUGCAUCACAUGACAGGUCUGGUUGAAGACUUCAAGACCAAAUACGAGGAUGAGAUCAACAAGCGCAAUGACUGUGAGAACAACUUUGUCCUCAUGAAGAAGGACACAGAUGCGGCGUACUUGAUCAAAGCAGAGCUGGAGGCCAAACUGGACGGACUUUCUGAUGAACUCGACUUCCUGAGGCAGAUCUAUGACGCUGAAAUCCACGAGCUACAGAGUCAGAUCAAGGACACAUCCGUGGUCGUGGAGAUGGAUAACAGCCGUAACCUUGACAUGGAUGCCAUUGUUGCUGAAGUGCGCGCCCAGUAUGAAGACAUCGCCAAUCGAAGCAGAGCGGAAGCUGAAUCAUGGUACCAGUCCAAGUAUGCAGAGAUGCAGGAGUCAGCUGGCAGAUGCGGUGACGACCUCAAGUUAACCAAGGCGGAGAUCGCGGACAUGAACCGCAGGAUCAUGAGGCUGCAGUCUGAAAUAGACAUGGUUAAAUCCCAGAUAAAUAAUUUGGAGGCUCAGAUCGCCGAGGCCGAGGAGCGCGGUGAGCUGGCAGUGAAGGAUGCCAAACUCCGCAUUCGAGAACUGGAGGAGGCUCUUCAGAGGGCCAAGCAGGACAUGGCCCUGCAGGUCCGCCAGUACCAGGAACUGAUGAAUGUGAAGCUUGCAUUGGACAUUGAGAUCGCCACCUACAGGAAGCUUCUUGAGGGAGAAGAGGACAGGCUCGCUACUGGAAUCAAGACCAACGUGUCCAAAGUGACGUCUGUGAACUACAACGCUUAUGGCCUGGAGAGCUCUCGCACCCCAUCCUAUUCUAGCUGCUCAUUUGGUGCUGUCAAGGCCAGCAGUGGGCCUGUCUCCGGCCACGAGGGGGCGACAGUGAAGAGCACCGCCACAGUCACUCAGUCAGAAACGAUGGUGACCACGAGUGAGGAGAAGAAGGCGGAGGGGGAGGGCCCUGUAGCCACCGAGGGGGCUCCUGUUGAGGAGAAGAAAGAACAGGAGAAAGUGGAAGCUGUGGCUGAACAGUGAGCUCUGCGGCAAAAGAAAAAACAGCCUCUUGAGUUAAUGUUCACUCAUUUUGACAAGAAGUCUGCCAAGUAUGUGUGAUUAAUAAAUGCUGCUCGGUAAAGCCUUCAAUUAAAGCAAAUUUUAAGUCUCCUUAAGUUCAUUCAUCGCUGCAGUACAUGUAUUUGGCCACCAGAUGGCACUGUGGGAUAUGUGUUAGAAUCCUGACGUCAUUCGUUGUUUGUCAGUGAAUUUUACCCUUGCCACCCCGAUCAAUUCUCUUUUAGAUGCAUAGAAUGUCAUUGUUUUUUUCGCAAAGGAAAAUAUACAUUUUAAUUCUACAUACCACCGUGU